AUGGGUGGGGCAUCAACGGGUACGGACAGCACGGGUAGGGCACAAACGGGCAGAACUGGGCAACACGGGCAGAACGGGGCAGGAAACGGGCUGAACGGGGCAGGACACGGGCUGAACGGGGCAGGAUACGGGCUGAACGGGGCAACAUGGGCAGAACGGGGCAACACGGGGACAACGGGGCAGCACAGGCAGAACGGGGCAGGACAAGGGCUGAACGGGGCAACACGGCACGGGAACGGGCACGACACAGGCAGAACGGGGCAGCACGGGGAGAGCGGGGCAGCACAGGAACACGGGGGGCAGCACGGGAACACGGGGGGCAGCACGGGAACACGGAGGGUAGCACGGGAAGCACGGGACGCACGAGUGAAACAGGUGGGGCACAACCGGGUACGGACAGCACGGGUGAGACUGGUGGGGCACAACCGGCACGGUAGCAGUCGCAAGCGCGGCAGGAGCUGGCGGGAGCGUGGGUGGGGGCGACCGGGGGGGGGAGGGGAGGAGGAGGGGAUGGGCGGGCGACGGCGCGAGCGGUAG